UCCAGAUAAGUGAAACUGAAACUUAAGCGCUGUUAAGGUUUGUACUCGUUUCUCUGUCCGUGUGUUUGUGAAAAAUGGCAGAAGCCAGUAUUUCUGUGGCUCAGGAUCAGUUCACCUGUUCAAUCUGUCUGGAUCUGCUGAAGAAUCCAGUGGCUAUUCCCUGUGGACACAGUUACUGUAUGGAAUGUAUUAAAGACUGCUGGAAUCAGGAAGAUCAGAAGAGAAUCUACAGCUGUCCUCAAUGCAGACAAACCUUCACACCAAGACCUGUUUUAGGUAAAAACACCAUGCUGGCUGAAGUGGUGGAGAAACUGAAGAAUACAAGACUUCAAUCUUCUCAUGUCUCUGCUCAUUGUUACGCUGGAUCUGGAGAUGUGGAGUGUGACGUCUGUACUGAGAGAAAACUGAAAGCAGUCAAGUCCUGUCUAGUGUGUCUGAACUCUUACUGUCAAAAUCACCUCGACCAGCAUGAACAUUUCUUUAAAGGUAGAAAACACAAAGUGACUGAUGCCACUGGACGACUACAAGAAAUGAUCUGCAGAAAACAUGAUAAACAACUGGAAAUCUACUGUCGUACGGAUGAGCAAUGCAUUUGUUAUUUGUGUACGAUGGAUGAACAUAAAAACCACGACACCGUGACAGCUGUGGCAGAGAGAACACAGAAACGGACAGUUUUGGUAGAGACACAAAAAAAAAUUAAUGAGAGAAUCCAGGAAAGAGAGAAGGAGCUUCAGAAGCUGAGACUGGCUGUGGACUCUCAUAAGCGCUCUGCACAGACAGCAGUGGAGGACAGUGAGAGGAUCUUUACUGAACUGAUCCGCUCCAUAGAGAGAAGACGCUCUGAGGUGACACGACUGAUCAGAGAUCAGGAAAAGACUGCAGUGAGUCGAGCUGAAGGAGUCUUGAAGCGUCUGCAGCAGGAGAUUGAUGAUCUGAGGAGGAGAGACACUGAACUGAAAGGGCAUAUGUUGGCAGCAUUCCCCAUUCACCCUCCACGAUUGCAAAAUUUCAAGUGUUUGUCUGUGGCUCCUGGAUCUUCAGAUGUUUCCAGCAUUACUGUCAGUUCUCAACUCUCUUUUGAUGAAGUGAAAAAAUCUGUUUCUGAACUAAAAGAAAAAGUGGAGGAUUUCUGCAAAGAAGAGAUUGAAAAUAUAUCUGGCAGAGCAACAAACAUUGAAAUCAUUGCUUACAAAGAACCCAAAACAAUGGAGGAGUUCCUACAAUAUUCCAGGCUGUUCUCUCUGGAUUUAAACACACCAUAUGAAUGCAUCAAGCUGUCUGAGAACAACAGUGUGGCUACAUACACUAAUACAGUCCAGCGGUAUCCUGAUCAUCCAGACAGAUUUGACUUCUGGCUGCAGGUGUUGUGUAGUGAGAGUGUGUGUGGACGCUGUUACUGGGAGGUUGAGAGGAGGGGUGGUGUGGGUAUAUCAGUGUCAUAUAAGAGCAUCAGCAGGAAGGGAUGGGGUGAUGAUUGUAAGUUUGGAUUUAAUGAUCAGUCCUGGAGAUUGUACUGCACUGACUCUAAAUGCUACUUCAUUCACAAUAGCAAAUCCACCUAUCUCACUGUAGUGUCCAGCUCCUGUAGAAUAGGAGUGUAUGUGGAUCACAGAGCAGGAAUUCUGUCCUUCUACAGCGUCUCUGACACAAUGACCCUCAUCCACAGAGUCCAGACCACAUUCACUCAUCCUCUCUAUCCUGGGUUUUGGAUCAAUUCAAACUCAUCAGUGAAACUCUGUAAUCUAAUGAAAUAGAAGAAACCAAGAUUUUUCAGCUAAUAGUGUUUUAUCACAACUUUGACCUUCAUGGUUAGUAACAGUAAGAUGUUAAAAGUCUCUUUUUUUUUAAAACCUCUUUAAUGAAACUUUUUAUCACUGCAUGUCAUUUAUUGUUCAAUAUUUCUAGUCUAGAUUGAUCUAAUUAUGGUUAUGGUGUAAGAGUUACUAUUAUACCAACAUAUUUUAUGUAGGAACAAGCAACUAAGCUUAAGAGUUUAUUCAGAUAUUUCAGGUAUGAAGUGCUGGAGCCCUUUUGUAUUUCAUUCAAAUUCAAAUUCAUUUUUUAUUUUUAUUUUGAUGUACUUUUUAUGUUUGCUUUUAAACAGUAUGAGUGUCACAUUACUAAUAUUAACACGUGUACCACCUUUAAAUAAAGGAAAUUGCCCUGCAAUUACUGUAAACAAGCGCACGUUUACAUUAAAAAACAAUGGAAAGUGCUGCAGUGCAAUAGGAAUAACGCAUUCUCAGUGAGAUUCCUUUACAGUCUCUCUUUUUCAUUCACACGCUUGUCCUGCCUCAUUAUUUUUCAGUGAUAACUUCAUUGAAGCAGCACAACGCAAAAAUGCAAUAUGUUUUGAGUAGGAGUGUGAUAUGGCUCUAUAUCAGCAUGGCUGUGAUUAGUCCAGAGGCACAAGGCCACAUGCCGAUACUGCGUAUGCAGCCCCUUCCUAGUGUUGGAAUGACAUUGGAUAGAGCCCUUUUUCUGAAGCUCAAAGAAGUGCAUCCAUCCAACAUAAAAGUAAUCCACAUGACUACACACGGGGUUAACACAUGUCUUAUAAAACGAGGUGUGAAACGAUACAUUCGUAAGUAAAACCUAUGAAUAUUUUGAGCUUAUUUAGUCAUGGAUAACAUGAGGUUGUGUGAACUAUGAAUAUAAUUGUAUUUUUGGGUGAACUAUUCCUUUAAAUACUUUUUAAAUGAUAAAUGUAAAUCCUGUGCAAAGACUGGCAAAGACUUGCUAAUGUAUGCAAAUCCAAAAAUAGACGGUCAAUAAACUUGCUGUGCCAGAAGUAACUAAACUUAGUGUGCAAAACACUAAGCAGCAUGGGCUGCCAGAUGACAAUGCGACACAAACCCAGGUCUGAUCAACCUGCGGUGGGCCUCCCUUGGCUGAGGGUGUCUUGUGAUAAAGGGCCGAAACACCCAAAUGAGGCUGAGCUGCACAACUGACGAUGUGUCGCAUAUAAUCAUUUAUCCAACAAAAACACAGAGGAUGCCUACCCGACGAACCAGUGAAACCUCAGACUUCCUUUCCUCUAUUCAUAUUCUUGACUGCAAUUGUUUGAUUAUUCAAUGCAUCCAUUAUCUGUUGCAUACUCACAGCUAUGGGUGUCCUGUAGGUGGAAGUAGUACCUCAGAAUACACACGACAAAGAAAAGAGAAGAGUUAGUAGUAGUUGUUCACAUGAUAGCUGGCGAGAAUUAAUACUGUAUUGUGUUAUUGUACGGAGCUGUGGAUGGAUCUAUGGUUGCGCAAAUGAAGGCUGGCUGAAUAA